AAGAGAAAUAAUGGUAAAUCUGAGAGCUGGACCAGAAAACUGGAGUCCUCAAAACAUAGAUAGUUGUGGGCCUGUUAACUUUAGUGGGCCUGAAAUUGGGUUUUCAUCCUCUGAGCAUCCGCGUCGAUAUAUUACUAGUCGCUUUCCUUGUUCUUGGCUCACACGUGCCGGUUGCCUUCAUGUUUGGACUUCGGGAAAUUGGUGGGUCCUCUUUAAUUUGUUCGUGUGUGUCACCAUGUGUGAUCUUAUAAUUAAGUAUAGUGUUUAAUGGAGUUGGAGAUUUUUUAUGUGGUUAAUAUAGUGAGUGAUACUAUUGAAUAUUAAGUUGGAGUAUUUAAUUUCAAUAUAUAUAUAUACAAGUAUUUUUUAAUUUUUUUUUUCUAAAUGAGUCACAUGGGUAUUAUAAAGGGAGGGGAUUAAGAUUUAUAAUUUAUUGCAAGUAAACCCUAAAUCUAUGCCACUAGACUUAAACCUCAUCGAUUUUCUUUUUAAUAUUAAAAGAAAUAAGUUGGGAGUAAACUUGGUUAUUAGUCGCCUCAUGCAUUUAGGAUUGAGACCUUUGAUUAAUACCUUGGCAGUUAACCAAGCAUUUGCUUGGCGGAGUUGGUGGAAAAAUUCACCUUUAUUGUGACUUUGAGAUUAUGAGUUUGAGCCAUACACCUCUACCAACUACAUUUGCUUGGGAGUAGGAGGAUUCUCUUACCUCCCAUUCUACUUUCAAGUGUUGACCUGCGAAAUUGGGCUGAUUUAAUCUAUUAGAGGUGUUAGUUUAAUAUGGUUCAUCUUAUCAAUUGGUUGUGAGUGUAAUGGUAAUUAAAGUUGCACUUAAUAGAGAAGAUUGCGUGUUCGACCCCUCACGACAACAAUUUGAAGGAUAUUGAAACUUAUCCACCCGUAAUUGAGCCUCGAUAGGUUAACUAGGUGAAAAAAAAAAAAUAAAAAAAAAUCCCCUUUCUUUAAAAAAAUUGACCUUGGCGGUUAGAUUGAAAAUACUAUUUCGCGCCACAUACUUCACCGAUCCCCGACAAUUUCAUCCUCCAAGCUUCCACGCUACUCGAGGAGAGAGAAAUCAGAAGAGAGAAAAGGUGGCGAUAGACGAUUCUCCGGCACCUUUCGUCGGAAACCCUAAUCUUCAACAUUGUUCUCCGGCAACGCGCUUCGCAACCUGCCACGUUUGAUUUUCUCUCUCAUCCUCUGUUCUUCAAUGAUUAUACUAAUUAAUUCGAGAUUGUUGCGUUUUUAUUUUGAUUUUUCUUCUGCGAUUGAAUUUAAAUUUUCCCGCCCAAAUUUAUAUAAAUUGGAAUUUUUUUUUGUUCUUCCAUUUUUUUUCCUCAGAAUUUCAAAUUUGUCUCUGAAUGAUAGCAGAUGCUGCGAGAUUUUCCGUAUUUGAAGCCUCUCUUACUGCGACCUUCAAUUCGUCAUAACAAUGUCAAAUUCCACCGGAAUUGUUCGAUUAUAGCUACGAAAAUGGAGAAUGGUACUUCCAAGAAAGUAGAGACCCUAUCAGGAGGUGCAUUGGUGGUAUUAGAAGGGUUAGAUCGAAGUGGAAAGAGCUCUCAGUGUAGUGAGCUUCUUUCUCACUUGAAAUUUCUUGGGUAUCCUGUUGAGUUAUGACGGUAUCCUGAUCGAAACACCGCCUUUGGGGAGAUGAUUUCGGCUUAUCUUUCCAAUCAAUCUAAUUUGGAUGAUCAUACCAUUCAUCUCUUAUUUAGUGCUAAUCGAUGGGAGAAAAGGUUGUUCCUUUUUUUUUUUUUUUCUUUUCUAAUUUUGAUUUAUAAUUUACUUUGGAAUUAUUUGUUGGGUGUAGCUUUCCAAUUGUUUGAUGUGUAUGUCUAGCAUAAUUUGAUUUCUUUCCAUGCUGAUUUGGGUUAGGCAUGUUCUGAUUAGGCUAUUAUUGUUCAUAUUAUUAUUUUGUUUACUUCUCUUUGCAAUAACUUUGCUAUUAUAUGCAUAAAUGGUUUUGAUAAUAUUCUUUUGGGAUUGUGGAAAUAAUGUGAACUAUACAAUUCUACUAGAUAUAGUUUCUUUGAAUUUACAUUUAUUAGGCUAAGUCCUAAAGGCGGCAUGCCUUGUGUCGACCUCAAAGACUAUCCUCACAAAUUUUGAAUUGGAAUUGUUAAUGUUACUAUGCUAUUUUGUAUAGAUUAAUGUUACUAUGAACAUUUUGUAUGGACUAAUGUCUCUAAGCUAUUUAUCACUGGCAGAUAUUUUAUGAUUCAAUUGGCAGUUCUCUUAGUACAUACUAAUGUUCAGGUAUUCCCUUGGAAUAUAGGAAACUUUAUUAUUGAAUUAUGGGGACUUUAGCUUAUACUAGUACAUGCUUACUUUUGUUUGUAGAUGAUGUUUGUUCUGCAUGUAUGAGGUGUAAUAGUAUUAUGAAAGAACGAAUCAAUCCCAUUUACUGAAAUUGGAACAACAUAUUGAAGAAAGUUUCCUAUUCCUUGUAUUGAGGCUUUUUGGAUGUUGCUAUCAAAAUUGGUACGAAGAAUUGCUUUGUGAUUGGAUUCAUAAGACUAUAGGGACAGGAUUCCACAACGUUGAUUGAAUUUCAUUGCUGCAUGCAUCUUGUUCACGGAGUGUUGGCUUGUUUUGCAAUCGAAAACCUAUCCUAAAUUGAGAGUUAUGAGUGUUGACUACAUGCUUCAAUUAUUCCAAGUCUUCCAACUCUUACCAAUUAGCCAAACCAUUCAAGUAUGUCUAAAUUUACAUGCAAUGUGAUUGUUUUGCUCUUUUCACAGGCACCAGAGAUGGGAUUGCUGGCUCCUGACAUGGUCUUAUACCUUGAUAUAUCACCAGAGAAAGCUGCUGAAAGAGGUGGCUAUGGUGAUGAGCGAUAUGAGCGUCUUGACUUCCAGGGGAAGGUCAGAGAAAAAUAUAAGACUCUUUAUGAUGCUUCAUGGAAGGUUGUUGAUGCCUGCUUGCCAAUGGAAGAAGUCCAGAAGAUGCUCAGAGAAUAUGUGCUUGAGUGUGUCGCAGAAUGCCAAAAUGGAAAGGCUCUCUCUCACCUUUGGUUACAUUAGCCCUGAUUGCUUGCUGGAUUUUGUCCAGGUCCUAUGCUUUCUGCUUGCGUGUUGGGAGUCGAUUAAUUUACUCCCUCAACCCCGUAAAGAAUGGUCAUUGUAAGUUUUUAGGGGUCAAAUUUUAAAAACUUUGACCACAAUUUUUCACUAAUGUAUAAGAAAAUUACAGUUUGGGAUUGUGUUAAAUUCAUUUCAAUAUCUAUUUUUAGAAUAUCAAAUUUAUAUAUUUUUACAUGUAUUAGGUGUAUUUGUAGUUUAAGAGUAUCUUUGGAGAUUUUAAAAAGUCAAAUGAGACAAUCUUUAAA